GGGAGGGAGAGAGGGAGGGACUACUGCUCAAGGAAGAAAGAAAUUUACAACGACCCCUCUACGAAAAUUCGAGCAGCUGGCAGCAGUAACGGCAGUGACGGCUGACAGCUAGAGAAAGAGAUUCUUUGUGAGGGAAAGGGGCAAAAAGAGAGAGAGAGGCUCAAGGCUGACUUGAAUACCAAAACCACCGAACCCACCAGCUAAAUGACAGAAUGACGUUGGUCUGUAUAUGGGGCGUAUCAAAAAUCGACCAAAACAUAACUCCAAUAAUAUAUUUGCUCUUCCAUACAUAUACGAAAGUUGAACAUCAGCCCUGGCAUGCUCGACAACGCCGUCCCUUGCUGUCAGGGUCCCGACCAAUGGAGCUUACCGAUCUUGGGCUCCACCACGCGUGCUGCACCUCUGCUUGGUUCUUGUUCCUCGCAGUGGUUCGAGAUGCUGACACCCCCUGCUGGCCUAGGCUUGGGAUUACCCUCAUCGCCUCCACCGAGCCGGAUUCUUGGUCCUCCCCGGUGUGCACACUGCUUGACUGACCAGAUCCUCCUUACCCUUGAUAACUACUAACCUACAUAUCUCGCCCAUCUCCCACGCAUGGCCCACCAGCUUCGACAUACCGUAACCUUCUUGAAUCAUUCUCUGUGCUCCCCGUCCGAUGUCGUCUGUCCUUCUUUCUGGCUUACAUCGCGCCCGGAUCAACACAAGGUCCCCGUCAUAAUCCCCACUGACUUUCUGGAUCUUGAGGCUGGGGCCCUUGGGAAGGUCACUGGUCAUACAGAACCACAACACUCUUUUAACAUACGAACAUAUCCCAAAAAAAUACAUAGCCGCUAGGGGGCUUGUUCUUGAUCAUUAAUUUCUCUUUUGGACCCUGACGACCGGCCUGGUGAUCAGCUUAGCUUGGGCAGUGCCCGCUGCUCCAAGGCCUCCGAGUGUUAUACAGCAAACCGCAGUCCGACUCUGUGCCACCCGAGAACGACUCCAGCUUAUGAAAAGUUGACUGGUCCGAGUUACCACCUACGCUUGCGACCAACAACCAGGGAUCUUACCUGCUAAGUCCUUUCGAGCAGUCCAACCCGGACUACAUCAGAGAGGGGGACCAAAUAAACAGAUAUAUAUACCUGUACACACGAUCUCGAAAGUGAAGGGCGCAUUAUACAACUGAGAUCGCCCCGUGGAAGCAACGUGGGGCCUUACCACUUUCUCUUUCUUUCACAACACAAAAGAAGGCAGGAAGGAAGUCAUACUCUAAUAACAAUGGCGUUUAACGGCUGCCCGAGGCCGUUUUUGAACGCGGCUAAUUUCAUGAAUACCACUGGCUUCAUCGACGGCAGGUUAUGCUCGGAAAUAGGCUCAAACACAUGCUGCCUACCAUGCCCAAUGACAGAUUGGGUAUAUCCGGAGAGCUUCAACACCAUGGGCAUGGUGUCGGAGAUUGUAGCGGUCGUGUCGACUGCCGCCUGCAUAUUCCUGCUUCUCUCAUGGGCAGUUUUACCCGUUGAAAAGACACACAGACACUACCUCAGUAUCUGCCUGACAAUAGGUGUGGUGUUGAUGAACCUUGGCUUUGUAAUUCCUCUGGCAGCAUCACCAGAACAAUGCGCCGAUGCCAUUACUCCCCAUGACAUGAAGUCGAGUUCGACAUGCGCCGCCUCUGGAGCCUUCCUCAUAUUUGGUGGCUGGCUUGGUGUCAUGUGGAUCUUUUUACGCGCGCUAUCCCUUCACCUACAAAUCUGCUGGGGGACCGUCGCCGGCAAGACCUUUAUGUGGUUUGCUCAUGCCGCCGGCUGGGGAAUUCCUCUGGCGGGAAUCAUCCUUACUCUUGUGUUCAGCGGAGUUUCCUUUCGGUUCGGCUCAACGUGCCACGUCAACCACCAGAACAGUUUGGCCGUCCUAUGGAUUCCACUCCUUGUAUUCGCUGGUUUCACCAUCGCAAUUCAGUUUGGAACGUUCGGUUACUGUGUCAAGGUCUACCUCGCAUCACUGGCUGACAACAGCUCCUCGACGGGUGGAUCUGGCCUACCCACCGCUGCCAACAGCAUCAAGUCCCUGUCUCCUCGUCAGACAUAUCGCAGAGUUCGCCGGGUGGUCGAGCUGCAGUGGAGAGGCAUCUUGAUCGUCUUGAUCAUCCUCGCGGAUGUGGUCUACUUUUCCAUCGUUUUCGUCUUUCAGGACCGGACGGUGGAGAACAUCCGGGAGGAGCCCGAAACCGCCCGUGAUUUCCUUACUUGCCUGUUCUUGAACCCAGACAAUAGGUCAGAGUGCUUCGACGAGGCUAGUAAGCUCGUCAUUAGCGAAGCCACAGCUUUCAGUGUGCUUCUGCUCUUGGGCAUGAACGGCUUUUGGCUUCUACUUUUCCUCGGCCGGUGGACUAUGAUAACUGCCUGGUCCGACUUUUUUAUGAACAUUUCGGGCUGCAGGAAACCCGAGUUCGUCUCAGCAGACGCCCGGUUCGACAUGAUCAAAAACAACAGACGUUCGUACGAGAUGCUAUCCCGUGACACGGGCAAAAAACAAAUGGACGACUCGGUAACACCGUCUCCAGGGACUUCGAUAUCAAUGUCGCCGCCGCCACCCGCCAGGCAGCCUUCGGUGGGCGCGACUUAUGAUAGAAACAACAACAACAAUGAAGGCAACAUACCGAGCGGCCGUCGGACGCCUGAUUAUCUGGGCCAGGCUGCGAGGUAUCACGCGCCGAUGCGCUCAUUCUCAUCCCCAAGACCUCCGCCUGCUCCGCAGAAUGUGAGGUGGGAUUCGAGCGAAAUGUAUGGGGGAAGGGAAAACAAUGAUAUUUCAAGGGACACGGGAGACGUGAGCCCACUUUCUAUGAACAGAAUCUGAGUUUAGAUAUAGUUUAGCUUGUUGAAGAGCGGGAUAAAGAUGGUUCUUUUUGUCUCUGGAAGGAAAAAAAAAAUUAAAAAAUAGAUGAAACUUAAUGAUAAAAAAACAAAUUCAAAAUAAGGCCUUUCAAUGGGUAG